CUCCCCGUUGAUGGAGGAGAUUACAUAAUAGAUGAAUUGGAGUACCUUUCCCUCAACAUCCAUCUGAUAUCAGAGCUAGCCUCCUCCCCUCCCCUCUCCAAACACUCACGCACAGGUAAUCGCUGUGACCAUCUCGAGGACAUCGUAGCAUGGUGCCAGGUAAACUUGUAUGUAUGCUUUAUCCCAAUUGGCGCAAAGCGUAGGCAGCAAGUGGAUGCUAAAUCUAUAAACUAUUGCGAGUGUUAUUUUAAUACAAUGUGAUGUUAUUGAGCCAUACCAGCGCGGAGAGGAGAAAAAAGAAUGGACUUUGUGGCGCGUAAAAGUUGAAUUCAUCAAUACCACUUCAAGACCAGGACACGGGACAACAUUUCAAUAGCCCGCCUUGUAUAGAUUACGCACACAAAUUUAUUCGUUGUUUUCUUAUUUUCUGAUCGUUAAAGUGCACCGGCAACAAGAAUCCCUCUCAUCCGGCAAGAUUUCGUCCAGAAGCAGACUGGAAGACCGUCCACUUCGGAGGUUGGCCGGAAGGACGCGGAUGAUCGUAACGGGUGUUUGUGGAGUAGUCAUGGUGCUAGUGUUGGUUAUCCUGAUUCCGGUGCUGGUCAACUCAGCCGGGACAUCCGCGCGCUACGAAAUGCUCGGAUCCUGUCAGAUGGUGUGUGAUCCCCACGGGACCAAGUCCACGGCCACGGACAAAGCCAAUACUAUCAGAGACAGCCGCUUGGUCCAGUCUCUACCAACCUUAAUCCAAGGUCCUAAAGGGGAGCCCGGACGCACGGGAAGAAUUGGCCCUAGGGGUCCUCUUGGAGAGCCAGGACCACCCGGACCUGUCGGCCCGCCUGGGGAGAGAGGAGAGCCUGGUCCGCCAGGACUACCCGGAACGCCCGGAGAUAACGGAGCCACAGGUGCCAUAAGCGCAGCCACAUACAACACCGUUCCAAAGAUAGCUUUCUAUGCCGGGCUGAAAAAACAGCAUGAGGGCUACGAAGUGCUGAAAUUUGACGACGUAGUCACCAACCUUGGCAACCACUACGACCCCACGACCGGGAAAUUCACCUGCUCGAUACCGGGCAUCUACUUCUUCGUUUACCAUGUGCUGAUGCGAGGCGGGGAUGGCACCAGUAUGUGGGCUGAUCUUUGUAAAAACAACCAGGUGCGCGCGAGCGCUAUCGCCCAAGACGCCGACCAGAACUACGAUUAUGCCAGCAACAGUGUUGUCCUGCAUCUCGAGCCCGGCGAUGAGAUCUACAUCAAGCUGGACGGGGGCAAGGCGCACGGGGGCAACAACAACAAGUACAGCACCUUCUCCGGCUUCAUUGUCUAUGCCGAUUAACAGAACACCAUAUAUUCUACACUAGGCUGUUCACUGCGUCUUCAUCUGCUAUUAUUCUCUCCUUUGGAUUGGUUACACCGCUGUCGUUAAGAAGUGGUUACAGAGAGACUGGGGGAUCUUGACGCAGAAGUGAACAUUAACAUGCUUAAAUAUAUAUUUCCUUUCGUGCGUAAAACCCCAAAUUAUGCAAUGUCCAAAGAUGAACUUGGAAACAUGGAAGGAGAUGAGUGAAAGUUGCAUGUGUAUAAACCCAUAUUAUGUACAACAGGUUAAACAGGAAUGGUAUUAAUGCUUCAUUGCUGUUCAUUGCUUUUGCCAUUGGGUCAAUUAAUGAAUGUUUCAAUUGGUCUUGUAAUGCAUCUCAGUUCAUGUUAGAGUCCAUGGAAUAGGAAAAAAUAGGCAACUCAUAGAGGUGAUUAAAAGUGUACUGUAGGAAGUCAUGAUUGGUGUGUUUCUGUCUGCAUCUUCUUACUUUACCGUGGGUUACUGCAGUGUUUUUCUAACCAUUACUACUGUUUUAUCAGACUACUGCAUGAGUGUAAAAGAGCUAUCAUGAUCAUAAUGUCUAUAAAUGUCUUAUAAAGCCCCGUGUAGCUCAGUUGGUAGAGCGUGGCGCUUGCAACGCCAGGGUUGU